AUGGGUGUGAGAGCUAGAAGCAAGUGCUCGCGAUGCAAGGCGGUGUGGUACUGCUCGCGCGAAUGCCAGGUGAAGCACUGGGCGACACACAAGAAAUCAUGCAGGGACAUGGUGCAGACCACCGUCUCGGAGAGUGUGGUGGAACCGAAAUUGCCGGAGAAGGAGGGAUUGAAGGUGACGGAGGAGGAUAAGCGAGUGGUGGAGAGAGUAACGACGAGUAUAAAGCCGGUCGUGGUGGAGAGGGAGUAUGUCAGGGAGGUGGAUGCCAAGGAAGUCACCAGUGAAGAGAGGAAGCCGAAGAGAAAAUCAUUGUUUAGACAAAAGUUUGAGAAGGGACUGAAUUACCAUUGUUUGUUUCAAUCACCGGGAAUGAGUGAAGUUGAUGAGAUUAUUUCCAAUAUGCCGGUUCAUUAUGCCGGAUUUCGAAAGGAAAAGGGAUGUCGUAUACCAGAUUCGGAUAUUGAGAGAUCGAUUCCUCCUAGGAUUAAGGAGGUGACUCGCUUUCUUGAUCUUUUCGAGGAGAUUAAUGUAAUGAAGGCUGAUUUAGAGUCACAAGAUUUCAUCCAAGAUUGUCAAAUCACCUUGGACGUUCGUAACUCGGAGGAUUCCACGCCAGAUUCUACCGACGUGAUACUACGUGUCGACGUGAAAGAACGCCGUGGAUUCAAACCGGACGUGAUUUUGGUAGACACUGUAGACAAGGAAGAAGUGAUGCUUGGACUUUCGGAGUCCUACGUAAACCUCACAAACAAACUGGACAUUCUCAAAGCCUCUGCAGCUUACGGCAUUUUCAAUGGAGAUUCCAGCUUUGGCAUACAAUACAAAACCCCCAAAUCCCUAUUUCGCCUCCCUCUGCAACUCUCCCUUGAUCACGAAAUCAAAAACCGCGUGGUCGACAGCGGCGUGACGACAUACGCGGACACAGCGACGCUCUCGCUUGGCACUCGCUCCCAGCACUUCUGGCUGGACGUAUUUUGGAGCUGGCGCGACAUGAGUCCCUUCGGAGACAUCGACGAAGAGCGAAUCCGCAACAGCUACUGCAGUUCCACCAUGCUUCGCGAAUGCCGUCCCUCGCUCGGUUCCGGCGUCGCGCUUCGCUUCGAGCACGGGAAACUGACCGCUCUGUUCCCCGCGCAGGGUCAUCAAUUGCGCGGCAAACUCACCUACUUCGGACUCGCGGGCGACGUCCACGCGCUCAAAUGCGAGGGAGACGCCGAGUUCUUCCAGGCGCUUUCCCCGCGGAUUCGCUCGCAGCCCGGGCUCCUGCUGCAUUUCCGCGGGAAAGCCGGCUGUCUGCUUCCGCUGAACAAGCGAAAAUCGCGGUUCUACGACCGAUUCUUCUUGGGUCGGCAGUAUGUGACGGGGUUCGAGCGCGGGAGCUUCGGUCCGCGGAGUGCGCCGGAAGGCGAGCGGAAGCAGGGCGAUUUGCUGGGCGGAGAUUGCUGCGGAACCGCGGGGAUGGAGUUGUCGCUGCCGCUGGGGGUGGGGAGAGCGAGGUGCCGAGCGUUCUAUGAGAGAUGA